GUUACUCCCUAGGGCUAUUCACAUCUUUACAACUCGGUGAGUCUUGAAAGAGGAACUCCAAUAUUGCCGUCCAGAAAAGCGGCAGGAAGCUGGGAACGUGGAGAGCGAGCGGCCGGGGUUUCUGAGGGACACAUUUGGAGGUUGCACCCGGCUGAGGAUGGCUGAUCCUACCUCUCAGUCGGAACCGCCUGCACCUCAGGAAGUCAGCAGCGAGUUUAAGAAGCCGGUUUUGCCGGUGUCUCCGGCUGUGCGGAGCAAGGCGCCAGCCUCCAGUCCCCCAGCCCCUGAGGAUGUGGAGAAGGAAUGUCCCGCGGUGCUGCUGGACCCCGGCUGUAGGGAGCCCGAGGUCCCAUCAUCGACUCAGCCGGACGGCGGGGAGACUGGGAGUCCACCCGCGGAGCAGCUCCGAUCCCCGCGGGUAGCUGCUGCUGCUUCCGGCGGUCCGGCCCGGGCUCCGCCCUACCAAGAGCCAUCGUGGGGCAGCCCAGCCACGGCCCCCUACAGCCUCGAGACCCUGAAGGGCGGCACCAUCCUUGGCACCCGCACCUUGAAAGGGACGAGCUGCUGCCUCUUCGGGAGGCUUGCUAGCUGUGACGUAUGCCUGGAGCAUCCCUCCGUGUCUCGGUACCAUGCGGUGCUACAGCACCGGGGGUCUGAUCCCGACGGAGAAGCUGACAGUCCUGGGCGGGGCUUCUAUCUCUAUGAUCUGGGAAGUACCCAUGGCACUUUCCUCAACAAAACUCGCAUCCCGCCCCGCACUUACUGUAGAGUCCACGUUGGGCACGUUUUCCGCUUUGGAGGCAGCACCCGGCUCUUUAUCCUUCAGGGACCAGAGGAAGACCGAGAGGCAGAAUCUGAGUUGACAGUAACACAGUUGAAGGAACUGCGCAAACAGCAACAGAUACUGCUGGAGAAGAAGAUGUUAGGGGAAGACUCUGAUGGAGAAGAGGAAACAGAUACCACCGAAGGGAAGAGAAAUGUUCAAGAUGAUGAUAUGGGUUGCACGUGGGGAAUGGGCGAGGAUGCUGUAGAGGAUGAGGCUGAAGAGAACCCCAUUGCCUUGGAGUUUCAGCAGGACCGGGAGGCCUUUUAUAUAAAGGAUCCAAAGAAGGCUCUCCAAGGCUUCUUUGACAGAGAAGGAGAAGAAUUAGAAUAUGAAUUUGAUGAGCAGGGACAUAGCACUUGGCUCUGCAGGGUAAGAUUACCUGUAGAUGACUCAACUGGGAAGCAGCUGGUGGCUGAGGCCAUUCACUCAGGGAAGAAAAAAGAAGCGAUGAUACAGUGCUCACUGGAAGCUUGUCGGAUCCUUGAUACAUUGGGAUUGCUGCGGCAGGAAGCAGUAUCUCGGAAAAGGAAAGCCAAGAACUGGGAAGAUGAAGAUUUUUAUGAUAGUGACGAUGAUACGUUCCUUGAUCGGACUGGCCUGAUCGAGAAGAAGCGUUUGAACCGGAUGAAGAAGGCUGGGAAGAUUGAUGAGAAGCCAGAAACUUUUGAAUCCCUGGUUGCAAAGUUAAAUGAUGCUGAAAGGGAACUCUCUGAAAUUUCUGAGAGGCUCAAGGCUUCAAGCAAAGCUCUAUCAGAAUCAUCAUCUCAGGAUUCUUUAGAUGCAUUCAUGUCAGAAAUGAAAUCAGGGAGCACAUUAGAUGGCGUGUCCCGGAAGAAACUUCACCUGAGGACUUUUGAACUAAGGAAAGAACAACAGAGGCUUAAAGGAUUAAUAAAACUUGUAAAGCCAGCAGAGAUCCCAGAACUAAAAAAGACGGAACUUCAGACUACAAAUACUGAAAACAAAGCCAAGAGACUUGCAUUACCUCUCUUUGGUGCCAUGAAAGGAGGAAGCAAGUUCAAGUUAAAAACCGGAACAGUAGGGAAGUUGCCGCCCAAGCGUCCAGAACUCCCUCCAGCCUUAAUGAAAAUGAAGGAUGAACCUGAAGUCGAAGAGGAGGAGGAAGAGGAGGAAGAAGAGGAGAAAGCAAAGGAGGAGCGUGAAGAGCAAAUGGAGGAUGGAAGCAGCAGGCUGCCUCAAGAGACAGAGGUGGAGCUGGAGACAGCAGUGCCGGACCCGCGUGCUCCCACAGAUCCCUCUGCCUCUAGGGAGACAGAAAGCCACGAAACCAUGUCUCAACUCAGCCAAGCAGAACAGAGUAAAGAUCAUCAGGAGAUGGACGAAAUAGCUUCAUCAUGUGAGGACCCCUCGGUAGCCCCAGAGAAUGACUAUGAAAAGAACAGAGAUGAGCUGAAGAAAAAGAAAGCUCCUGGUCCUGGCAAAUUCCCACCCAUACUCUCUUCCAAAUACCCCGAAGAUGAUCCGGACUACUGUGUGUGGGUUCCACCUGAAGGUCAGAGUGGAGACGGCAGAACCCAUCUGAAUGACAAGUACGGCUAUUGACUGGUUCCCAGUCUCACAGGAAGAGCUCGUGGACCAGCACAGGAUGUUUGGGGUGAUACAGCAAGUCAUGCCAGGGACGUUCAGAUGACCGUUUGUGAAAUCCGGUGACUGCCCUUUUCUUCUGUAUCCUUGGCUUCCUAAAUCAUCUGCCCAUUGGAUCCUCCUGAACUGUGCUGUUUAUAUUUAAGUGUUUGUGUAUAUAUGUAAAAAGGAACCAUGUACACUGAAAAUUAGUAAAUGAGAGACAUGACCCUACUAUAAAAUAAGAAGGUGAUGGUUUCCCUGAUGUUGAUUUAAGGUCAUAGCUUCUGAUGUAAUUAAGGGCCUGUGCUGGUACCUAGUGCCAUUCUGGGUGAUGCCUCCAGUGAAAGUGGAUGACCCUGAGAUUAAGAGUCCCAUGCUCAGCCGGGCGGUGGUGGCGCACGCCUUUAAUCCCAGCACUCGGGAGGCAGAGCUAGGCGGAUCUCUGUGAGUUCGAGGCCAGCCUGGGCUACCAAGUGAGUUCCAGGAAAAGGCGCAAAGCUACACAGAGAAACCCUGUCUCGAAAAACCAAAAAAAAAAAAAAAAGAGUCCCAUGCUCUACCAACUGAGCUACCUGGGCGAGAAAUCCACGGGAGUCUGCUUAAUUUAUUAGGAUAUAAAUGGAGGAAAUGCACUCACGAACACAGACCCGAGUAAACAGCUGAAGGCGUCCUCUGUUCUGACCGGGAGCAAAUCCACCUGACAGUCAGAUCACGCCAGGAAGCAGGAAGAAGUACCACCUCCUUCAGGCUGUAUAGCCCAGGGUCAUGGGCGGAGCAAAUACCACUCCAGGGGAAUAAGAGGUGGUUUAUUUGUAGUCAGUUGUCAGUGACCAUAGCUGAGGGACAUGGGUUCAGGUUGCCCCAAGGGACAUGGAAGUGGGUCCACCAUGGAAGUGGCUAUAUGAGCUUUCAUUAGUAUAAACAAAAGAAGGUCAUAAAUCAGUGCAUAUAUUAAAUACACCGGUGGAGACUGCAGGUAGAUGAAUUACAGCAAAGUGGAGAAACUACCCCCGGCUUCAGGUACUAACACAACGUUCUUCACUUUGGGGUUGCUAGAAGCUGGUGGUCUACUCACAGUACAUUCCAGAGAUUUGUUUGUCAGAGGAUACAGGAUCAGACACAGAGAUGGACAAUAGAUGUCUGUUAAGGUGACUAAAAAGAGCCCACGAUAAUUAGUUUCUGGUUCUUCUUCAGCAUUCUAACUUUUCACCAUCACACAAUUCUAAUAAGGCAGUCGGUUAUCCUGGUAGAAUAUUCAGCGUGGGUAUUGCUUUUUUCCUGGGAACUUCUGAUAAUGCUUCUGUUGGCCAACUAUUACGUUUUGUGCAUGCAAAGGCUAAAUAUUUUCCUAGCACCAUGAUCCAACCAACUGAGUCAACUGGCCAACCCAAAUGUUGUUUUAGAUCUAUCUCAUAGUGUUAGCAAGGCCCAUUCUAGAGACAUGACAAAGAUGAGUCAGAGCAGGCAAGAAGGCAUUCUUCAGAGAGAAAUAGCUGUAAAAGCCACUGAAGAAAAAGCCCUGGACCAUAUUAAUACUGUCAGCCAUCAUGAUCUGGGUCUUUUUUUUUUACCAUCUCCAUCUCAUGUUUACACAAAGGUGAUAGGAAUAUUGUACCUACAAUUAAAAUAAGAGCAUAGAAUGACCCAAAGAAGCAAAGGUACAUUGGGCGUGCCGUUGGGAGGUAAAGGCAAGCAGGUCUCUGUGAGUUCAAGGCCAGCCUGGUCUACAUAGUGGUAUGUAUUCAAAGCUACAUAGAGAGACCUUGUCUCAAAACCAGAAAGGAGGAAUAAUGGUAAGGUUGCAGAUGAGGGAAACAGGCAUUUUAACCAGCAAAAAACCUCUCUAUCAUCCUUUUCUUCAGCUAGACUGAAUAUGAUUUCAUUUCUAGUUCAUGAGGUUUUAAUGUUUGUGUUUGAAAUAAUUUAUUCUUGCUGGGUUUUUUGUUUGUUUGUUUGUUUGUUUGUUUUUUCUGAGACAGGGUUUCAGUCCUAGCUGUUCUGGAACUUGCUUUGUAGACCAGGCUGACCUUGAACUCUCAGAAAACCGCCUGCGUCUGCCUCCUGAGUGCUGGGAUUAAAAGCAUGUGCCACCACCACCUGGCUUAUUCUUGCUUUUUAAGUCUAGUUUUUCUUCUUGAUUCUACAGCCAUAAACCUUGUGUCGAGUGGCUUUUUCUACUUGUAGGAAGAGUUGGUCUUUACAGUCUAAGUUAUCAUAACUCUUCUUUGUAAUUAGUAAUGUCUCUUGGUAUUACACAGCAUUCCAGUUUAAGGAAAUAAAUAGACAGUCACAUCACAAAAGAAGUGUGGUCAUGAUACAGUAUCAUUUUGAGUUCUUUCUGAACAAAUCUGUCCUUUCCCCAGGUUCCAAACAUUAGUGACAGGAGAAGAAACAGGAGUCUAGACUUGUGAGAAACCAGGAUCCCACAGCUUUUGCGAGCAUCACUAAAUCCCAUUCAUUACUUCACAACCAGAAAGGAAAUGUGACUCCACUGAGCUCAUUUUGUAACAUUACCCGUUUACUUGUCUUUGGCAAAAUGUGAGUACUGCUUCGUGCUUUUCUAAUCCUGGCUGCCUGGAGCAUGUGGUCCCUUGAAGUCUUGUUUAAUCUGGAAACGUGGGAUCUUGGCUAUGAUCUUUUUUCUUUUUUUUUUCCUUUUUUUUUGUUUUGGUUUUUCAAGACAGGGUUUCUCUGUGCAGUUUUGGUGUCUGUCUUGGACCUUGCUCUGUAGACCAGGCUGGCCUCGAACUCACAGAGAUCCGCCUGGCUCUGCCUCCCGAGUGCUGGGAUUAAAGGCGUGCGCCACCACCGCCCGGCAAUCUUUUUUAAGGUGUGCUUUUAGCAAAGUCAGUCUGUCCUAAAAUUCCUAGUCCAGUACUCAUACACCCAGAGAGGUUUAAUUUUGGCUCGAGCAUUUGGCUGAAUUUGAUUAAAAACACCAUGAAUGCUGUUGCUCUUGAGGACUGGUUAGUUUUUGUGUAAUUUAAAUCAAAAGAAUCCAUCUAAAAUCUUUCCAGUAUCCCUAAUAAGAAUCAAUAAUCUCAGUGUUACUCCAAAGCCUUUCAGGCCUGAUGGUACUGUGUUUACCAUCUGGAGUUUGAACCUAUCAAGUUGCUCCUAUAAACUGGAGUUUGAAUGUUUGAUAGAUUUGGUUAGAUCCCAUUCUUUGUUAUAUCUGACCACAUUUACAGGGUGGGUGGUUGUCGGGACUGGUUAUGCAGAAAUAAGAAAUCUCUGUAGAGCUGUAACAGAUAGACCUUUUUUUUUUUUUUUUGAGACAAGGUUUCACUCUGUAGCCCUGCCUGGUCUGAACUUACUAAGUAGACCAGGCUGGCCUUGAACUCACAAAGAUCUGCCUAUCUCUGCCUCCUAAGGAGAGUAUGGGGAUUAAAAGUAUGUGCCAACACACCUGGCCAGGUUGACUCUUUUAAAUUUUUUCUUUACGCUUAUUUAUUGUAUGUAUGUACCUGUGUCCUAGAGCAUGAGUGUGGAGGUCAAAGGACAACUUUGUGAAUUGUUUCUCUCUUUUCACCAUGUGGGUUCUGGGGAUUGAACUUAGAUUGUUAAUCUUGGUGGCAAGAGCUCUCAGCUUUUAUCUAGGAAUUUAUUGUAUUUUAUCAUUUCCAAUAUUGUGGCAAUAUGGUUAUCCAGUUGUUUGGACCCAGUUACUGUUCUUUUUGGGGUUUUUUUUUUUUUGAGACAGGGUUUCCCUAUGUAGCUUUGGUGCCUGUCCUGGAUCUCACUCUGUAGCCCAGGCUGGCCUCGAACUCACAGAGAUCCGCCUGCCUCUGCCUCCUGAGUGCUGGGAUUAAAGGUGUGCGCCACCACCGCCCAGCCCCAGUUACUGUUCUUAGUAGGAAGAAUUUCCAUUGCUUUGGCUCUAGGGGUUGUAGAUCUAAAAUAAAAUUACCCCCGACUAGGAAACUCCCUUGGUAGAGUUAAUACAGAGCUCUGGCAGUGUAAAGUCUUGACUUUAUCCCAAUUUACUGAAUAGUAAGGGAGUGGUGAAAAAUUGAGUCAUUCCUAUCAUGAAGAUUUGGUUCAAGGAAUGUAAGAAGUUUGGGUAAGCAAACAGUUGGUACCAAAACAUGCCUAAUGAUGAAGGCAUGAUAUCAUUAAAGUCAUCAAGAUCAGCAUUCUUAUCAUUAGAAAAACAUACAAAGGUAAACCCCAAGAUUUUCAGGCAAGUUUUAAAAGAUACAUUGUUUUCAAGAAAUCCAUCCUAAAAGAUUAAGAAUUAGGGCUGAGAGAUGGGUCUGUGGUUAGGAACAUUUGCUGUACAAUUAUGAGGACUGGAGUUUGGAUCCCAGCACCCAGAUAACAAGCCAGGCGCCCCAGUGAACGUGUCACACUGUUAGAGGCAUUUGGAUAAAAUCUAAAGUUUCAGGUGCCUCAUCCAGUAAGGGGUAAAGCAUGAAGCCUUUGUUCUCUAAGCCUUUUACCCCCUUAAAGCAAAGUCUCACUGGGAACCCCUGGCUGGCUGGAACCCAGACCUACCUGCAUCAGCCUCCUGAGUGCUGGGAGCAGCGAUUAAAGGUGCGUUAUCACACCUGG